GAUGAGCAAGCAGCUUCUUGAUAUUCAAUAUCUUCAGUAAGAAGCAAUUAGGUAGAACUACCCUUGGGGGGCAUCUCAAGCCAGCCGAGUAAGGCUAUCGCUAUCACAGCCACAGGCCUCAUAGUGGGCAGCUCAAGCCGAGCCGUCACGAAAAAACGCCGUUCAGCGACUCCCCGCACCAAAACUCCAGUCAAUGGUUGAGAGUCUAAUUAUUAUCGCCAUCUGCCCACUCGACAAAAUUUUCCCAUACAACAACUGUCAUUGUGAAACCUUGGACGGCGGAAUAAACAACCCAAUUUGUUCACCCCCCUUCAUUCGACAUGGCUGCCACCAACGAGGCCGCCCAGGCCAAGAUCGAGGAGCUGCAGCAGCAGAUUGAGCAACUCCAACAACAGGCCCAAGGCUCGACGACGAGCAGCUUUGAUGUCUACAGCACCAGUCUGACAUCCCGCUACUGCAGCAAGGAGCUCACGUUCCUCUUCAGCCAGAGGUCCAGGCACUCCACCUGGCGCAAGCUCUGGCUGGGUCUUGCCGAGGCCGAGUCGGAGUUGGGCGUCACGAGCAUCACCCCAGAGGCCCUGAAGCAGAUGCGCGAGGCGCUCACCGUGACCGACAAGGAUUUCGAGGCGGCCAAGGUCGAGGAGAAGAUCAGGCGUCAUGAUGUCAUGGCUCACGUCCACGCCUUUGGACUGGUAGCGCCAGCUGCCGCGGGCAUCAUCCACCUGGGCGCCACCUCGUGCUUUGUCACGGACAAUGCCGAGCUCAUUCUUAUGCGCGAUGCUUUGGACAUUUUGAUCAACAAGAUGGCCAAGGUCAUCUCCAACCUGCAGGCUUUCUCUCUCCAGUGGAAAUCGGAGCCGACACUGGCCUACACUCAUCUGCAGAGCGCCCAACCCAUCACCGUUGGACGUCGCUCCGCCCAAUGGGUUCAAGAUCUGGUCAUGGAUCUCGAAGCCCUCGAGGCUGUUCGCAAGGGCUUGAGGUUCCGUGGCGCCCAAGGCACAACCGGUACCCAGGCCUCUUUCUUGGAGAUCUUCGAAGGAGACCAUGAGAAAUGCCUCGCGCUCAACGAGAAGCUCUGCCAACGCUUUGGAUUCCCCAGCUGCUACGACAUUUCCACGCAGACCUAUACUCGCAAGGUUGACACCAUCGUUGCCAAUGCCGUUGCUGGUAUCGGUGCCUCGGCCUCCAAGAUUGCUGGCGAUUUGAGGCAUCUUGCAUCUUGGAAGGAGAUUGACGAACCUUCUGAAAAGUCACAGAUUGGCUCCAGUGCCAUGGCAUACAAGAAGAACCCGAUGCGCUGUGAGCGCGUCUCCUCUCUCUCUCGCGUUCUCAUGUCCAAGACGGUCACAUUCAACCAGACCCACGCCACCCAGUGGAUGGAGCGAAGCUUGGAUGACAGUGCCUGCCGCCGCAUUGACAUUCCUGAGAUGUUCCUCUUGGCAGAAGCCAUUCUGAUCGGCCUGGACAACGUUUCAGCGGGCUUGGUGGUGUACCCCGGCAGCAUCAGGGCCCACUACAUGUCCGAGCUACCCUUUAUGCUGACCGAGGCGAUCAUCAUGAAGCUGGUUGCCAAGGGCGCCUCCCGUCAAGAAGCGCACGAACACAUUCGCGUCCUUUCGCAGGAAGCGGCCAAGGUGGUCAAGGUUGAGGGCAAGCCCAAUGACAUGAUUGAGCGCAUCCGCAACAGCGAGUACUUCAAGCCCAUCUGGGGCGAGCUCGACGACAUGAUGAAGCCGGAGCUGUACAUUGGCCGCAGCGUCCAGAUUGUCGACAAGUACUGCGGUCCCGCCGGCCCGGUGGAGAAGGCCCUCGCGCCGUACCAGGAGUACAUCUCGGGCUCUGCUACUGCCGAGCUGAACGUUUAGAUGGGCUGGUGAUAGCGACCGAAUAGGAAUGUCGGUUCAACUGAUGCGGAUGAGGCAAUUUGAUGGGUCAGAAAAGGAUGAGAAAAGUAUGAUGGGCCAACCGUUAUAAAAAGGGGUUCAAUGGCUACCGUUUUCGGGUACAACUGUGGCGCGAAAUGGCAGACGAGGUCUAGAAUCGCGUCGAGCUUGCUUCAACUUGUGCCUCGAGCGAUACCCAGUGAUCUGUUUAGAUCUUGGGGUGUUGUUGCUAUGUUAUGUGUGACUUGUUUUGCGUAUUUCGAGCGAGGCCUCAGAGUACAUGUAAUCAAAGCGAUUUGGCUGGCCUGCUGCAAUCAAGGGGCUUCAAUCUGGGUGACGAGGCCAGCAUAUGUAGUCAUGGACGCCGCACCAUAAGAA